GACGUAGUUUUGACCUCGGGUUCUCUUCGUUCUGAUUGGCUGUGUUCACGCUGCUGCUGAUGUGGUGUUCCGAAGUUAGCAGAGCUGCUCCGCCGAUACACGCUAUUUCUUUGAUAAAAUAUUGACUGUGUUUGGUUAAAAUAAUGCCUUACUAUCAGACUUGGGAGGAGUUCGCCCGCGCGGCAGAGAAGCUGUACCUGACAGACCCCAUGAAGGUCAGAGUUGUUCUGAAGUACAGACACUGCGACGGAAACCUCUGUAUUAAAGUGACCGACAAUGCUGUGUGUUUACAGUACAAGACGGACCAGGCCCAGGACGUGAAGAAGAUUGAGAAACUCCACGGAAAACUGAUGAGACUCAUGGUGUCCAAGGAGACGCACAGUGGUACCAUGGAGACGGACUAAAAUGCUGUAUAAGCACCAGGACUGAGUGCAGUGGACACACUGGUUGUUGAGAGCACAGUACCAUCAGAGUGCGACAUGGAGGCUGAGAGAUGGGCGGGUUAUCUGGCUGCCUAUGCUGAUUUAAUACUGUCAGAGAUGUGAUUAUAUAUACUGUAUAUAUUUUAUUAUCUCAGGAUUUUGUUUUUUUAUGAUUCUUUCUUAGUCAUCAAAAAUCUCAUUAUCCGACUUUUCAGUGUCAGGCAUCUUGAUCACAUCCCUGAUGGUAUUAAUAUAACAUAAGGUCAGUUUAUGCUGCUGGAAUAUUUUUUGGAAAUGUAGAGAUGGAAAAUGAAUGGUGGGGAAUGUUGGACAAAUUGUACAAAACUCAAAUUCUCUGCUGCUGUUCGAGCAGCUUUGGCACCUUUUAAAGGGGCUUGCAUUUUAUUUUCAGUUUUAAAGAGGACGAUAAGGACAGGCAACGAAGAAGAUGCAUGUCUUUUCUAUUUUCAUCUAUAAAGCUCUGUUGGAUUCGGUUUCAGCACAGCGACUGGUUUCAUUCUGUUUGUCCUCAUGGACUUGUGCCACAUGAAUGAAGCAGGACCUUCUGAUUUCCUUACAACGGUGUGGAGAAACCCAUGAUUUCUACGGAGAAACCCCACACGUUUAAAUGCCAUUUAAUAGUCUGAGAAUAAUUAUGUUUCAUGGUCAAUAAAUGUUUAUUUACCCCAGUACA